AUGCCAACUCAAGCGUUCAACCAGACCAUCAGGACUAAGCCAGUCACCAUACGCUAUGGACCAUCGGGCCGUGGUCAGAUUUUGAGCCUACCAACAGAGACUACCAGCGAUCCGGCCUUUCUCAACCUGAUCAGUACUUGCGAGCCUGCCUCAUUUGGCUUUGAAGGCAGAGAUGUAUUCGAUGAGCAGUACCGUAAAGCGACUAAACUUGACAUCACUGAGUUUUGCUCAAGCUUUUGUCCUUAUGAGACGGGAAUCAUCGACAUUGUUACUCAGCUCCUCAUGCCUUCAGUCAAACAUGAGAUAGCCAAAAGGCCGGCCCAUGGUACGGAGGUUCUGUCUGCACAGCUCGCAGAAGAUGUUAGAGCUCUGUUUGUUGCAACCGAGAACUACACGGGUGUGGACACAAUGACACUGACAAAGAUCAUAACUUCUCGCUCGAAUGAGGAUCUCCUCACCAUCAUGCGUGCUUAUGAGCAGAGAUACCAGCGCGAGCUUGGUCGGGUUCUGCAACAGAAACUUCAACGCGACGACAUGUUCAUGUUGGACAUACUCGCACAAGUCUUGAUUGAAGAUCGUGCCAAGCAGCGCGAGAUAGAACGCAAGAUCAAAAGUACUACUGGUAUGGGCAUCAGAGCCGAACUCUAUAAGCUCAAUGUCUACAGUGGACCCUCGGGCAGAUUCAGAGCCCAUGUCGAUACUCCUAGAAGCGAGACGCAGAUUGGCAGCCUUGUUGUCUGCCUGCCUUCUGAGUUUGAAGGCGGCGUCUUGUCAGUUUCGCACCAGGGUAACACUGUCCAGUUCGACUGGUCAGCUUCUUCCCCGGGAGGUCAGCAACCUUCAAUCCAAUGGGCAGCUUUCUACUCUGACUGUUCACAUGAAGUACAAGAAGUCACCGCCGGCCACCGCAUCACUCUAACCUACAAUCUCUACGCCUCACGUGGCAGCGGACUCCUUGCUGGAACAAAACACAGCCUGGAUGCUAUCAAUCUACCCAUAUUUCGACCUCUGAUGAAUCUGCCCGGAUCGCGUUCGUUCAUGCCAUCAGGUGGCAGAAUGGCAAUUGGUCUCGCCCACGCUUAUCCAUACACCCACGAUACCUUACACCGUAGUAUGCCCGAAACUCUCAAAGGAGCAGACAUGAUGCUCUACGAAGCAUUACUGGCAUCAGGUCUCGGAUUCGAAUUUAUACGCAUCAUGGACUUUAGCGACGAGCUGGACAAUUUUGAGGAAUAUUCUGACGGCAAGGACAUGGAUGACAGCGAAGAGGAUCCAUUCGAAAAGAACGUCUUCUAUCGAUCUGGAUUUGAGUCGAUGCAGGUCUUGGACAGCAUGAUAGAGCGCAGCGAUAUAAACCAGGGACUGCCUGGAUGGACGCGCCUUGGACACGUCAAGUGGAUCAGGCGCCCUAGAGACUUGCAAUUGGAGAUGGCGUAUUUGGCAUAUGGGAACGAGGCAAACAUGACGACCAAGUACAGCAGCGCCGCCAUCAUCGUAAAUGUGCCUUCUUUGCAGCACAGGUUGCAAGUUCUCGAUGGCUAG